AUGUUUUUAAAAUAUGACAUUAAAUGUCCAACAUAUAUAACAUCAAAUGAUCAAAUUGGAUUUGGUGUUGCUAAAUGGAGCCAUAUAAAGGAGUUUUAUGAAACAGAUAACACCAAUCCCAAUUUUGUGUUUGCACCUUGCUUAAAACAAGAACAUUUAAAUCCAAAUACGAAGCAGAAGAUGAAGGUGAAGCUAGCUGCACAAGUGUUAAGCCACUCAGUUGCUGCAGGAAUGUAUGCUAAAAUUUCACAAGGGGAACUCUCUUCAGAGGCCGUCACUACUGCUAAUGUUAUUGCAAAUAUGGACAAGCUGUUUGAUUCUACUCUAUUGGAAGUUUCAGAUACGAAUACAUUGGAUGACAUUGGACUCGGUCGAGGAAAAGGCCCGCUGACCAAUGAAGUUAACUCACCUAGGUUUGAGGGUGAAGGUGAGGCCAGGUUAGAGUGCCAAGGGAUUCUCGAGUUAGAGAGCAGAGGGUCACCCAGGUUUGAGGGUGAAGGUGAGGCCAGGUUAGAUGGCCAGGGGAUGCUCAGGUUAGAGAGCAGGGAAUCACCCAGGUUUAUGGGUGAAGGUGAGGCCAGGUUAGAGUGCCUAGGGAUGCUCAGGUUAGAGAGCAGAGGGUCACCCAGGUUUGAGGGUUAA